AUGCAGAGCUACGCAUCAACGAUAAAAAAGGCUGGAGGAUUAAAACCGGUGAAUAAUGAAUUGUUACAACCAAUGAAGGUACCGAAGAGACUCCUGCUAGGUCCAGGCCCGAGUAAUUUAUCAGAGAGAGUAAUAAAGGCGAUAAGUAAUCCUCUGUUGGGACACAUGCACUUGGAAACGUUUAAAAUGAUGGAUGACAUUAAAGCUGGCCUGCAGUAUGCAUUUCAAACUAACAAUAGGCUCACUCUCGCCAUUAGUGCGACAGGUCACUCAGGCAUGGAAGCUUCCUUAGCGAAUCUACUUGAACCCACAGACACUAUUUUAAUAAUAAAAGCAGGAUUAUGGGGUGAAAGAGCUCAAGAAAUGGCUAAACGAAUUGGAGCACAUGUCGAGAUUUUGGAGAUUGCACUAGGAGUAGCGGCAACUCUUGAAGAAUUUGAAGCUGCAAUGAUCAAGUAUAAACCAGCAGUUGUCUUCUUGACUCACUCUGAAUCUUCAACGGGUCUUAAACAGCCGUUAAUUGGAUUUGGAGACGUUGUCCGCAGGCACGACGCGCUGCUGAUUGUUGAUGCAGUUGCCUCCCUGGGGGGCGAGCCCUUUUUUAUGGACGCCUGGAAAAUAGACGCGGCUUACACGGGAAGUCAAAAAGUUAUUGGCGCUCCGCCUGGGCUUGCGCCGAUUUCAUUUAAUGAACGUGCUGAACGUAAAUUAUUUUUACGAAAAACUAAGAGCCCGGUAUUUUACUGGGACAUGGAAGAGUUGGGAAACUACUGGAACUGUUUUUCAGAACCCGUUAGGCGUUACCAUCACACGAUAUCCGCAACUCUGGUGUAUGGAUUGAGAGAAGGAUUGGCUCAGCUGGCGGAAGAGGGCUUGGAGGCAUCGUGGUACAGACACAAGCUAGCGGCGAAGAAACUUCAAGAGGGCCUGAAAGCGCGGAAGUUGGAAUUCUUUGUUAAAGAACCGGAAAAUCGGUUGAAUACCAUCACGGCCAUUGUUGUGCCACCUGGGGUCGACCCUCAGCUAGUCACGAGGAGAAUGAUGAAAAAAUGGAACAUUGAGAUCGCUGGAGGACUUGGACCGACUUCUGGAAAAAUAUUCAGGAUUGGAUUAAUGGGAAUUAAUGCUAACUUGCUAAUUGUUGACAAACUUCUCCAAGCUUUGGACGAAGUGUUGAGCUUCGCGAGACAAAGUCGGCUUUAA